CAUCAGUUGGCGUAUGAUAACAAUAAACAACCCUGAAACAAGAGAAACGCACCAACAGGACCUGCUGCUCCAAUUCGACAGAAACGUACCGAAAAUAUGAGCCGAGACAGCUACAGACAGUUGGAGUGACGUCUCGUCAAGUAGCAGGGGACUCGCAUCGGUCCUGACGCAAAGGAUUUUCGUAUUUUUGUGUCAAGCCUAGGGGAGAACUUACGUAGAAGAAGUUACGGUCUACCCUUCCUUAGCCCCAUGUAGCUAGCUGUGGCUCAUUCCUUGUUUUUGCACACUUUGUGUUAGUCUGUUAUGCAGUUGCCAGAGGACUGUACUCGCACUCGUUCUCCUUCGCCACCUCUUUGCUCCCUCUCCCCGCUCUCUCUGGCCAUAUGUCUCGCUGGCUUUUCCCCUGGUCAGGCUCAAUCAAGAAGCGGGCCUGUCGGUACCUCUUACAGCAUUACCUCGGUCACUUUCUGCAGGAACGACUGAGCUUGGACCAGCUGGGCUUGGACCUCUACAACGGCAGCGGUGUCAUCAAGGAAAUCAACCUCGAUGUCUGGGCGGUCAAUGAGCUUUUGGAGUCUCUUGGAGCUCCUCUGGAGAUAGUGGAUGGCUUUGUGAGCAGCAUAGCAGUGACCAUCCCCUGGCAAGCUCUCCUGACUGAUCACUGUACCUUAGAAGUUUCUGGUCUUCAGAUAACAUGUCGACCCAAGUACCGGACCAGUGGGGGUUGGGACUCCCAAGGCUGGUCAUCAAGCAUGACCUCCAGCAUGCAGCUGGCUCAGGAGUGCCUGAAGGACCCCCCGGAGGCGUCCGAGGAGCCACCUGCCCAGCUGGAGGGGCUUGAGAUGUUUGCACAAACCAUUGAGACGGUCCUUCGUCGUAUUAAAGUCACCUUCAUAGACACUAUUGUUCGCAUAGAGCACCAGCCCCUGGACCUGGAAACAGGCGUUGCCUUAGAGGUGCACAUCAAACGGCUGGAAUACUUUGACGAGGCAGUGCGAGAUCCAGCCAGCCAGACUGCCGUGCCUGUCGACAUCCACCAGCCGCCCGCCUUCCUGCACAAGAUCCUCCAGCUGAGCGCGGUUCAGCUGUUUUACGACAGCACCGGCACAGUUCAGGGGCCUCAUGAAGAGCAACGUCCUGAAUCAGCCACAGCAAGUGAAGUAGAAGAGGAGGAGGAGGAGGAGGAUGAGGAGGUGGAGGUGGAGGGGGAGGACGAACAAGAAGAUGAUGAUGAUGAUGAGGAGGAGGAAGAGGAAGAAGAGGCAAAGCCCCUAACAUCCCCUCCCUGUCCUGCAUCUCAGCCACUACUCAUAGGAAGCUGCUCCGGUUUCAUUGAGACCACCGUCAAGAUCAAACAGAACGACAUGUUGCCUGGACCAAAGUUGGAGUUGGAUGGGAAGGUGGGCUGUGUCCACUUGCUGCUGUCUCCAGAUCAAAUAACCCAUCUGACAGACCUGCUGGCAGCCCUUUGCAUAGACACUGAGACAGAGACUAAGUGUGGUGGAGCAUUCAGUCGUCCGUUAGACUCAGACGACCUGCGUUUGAUUGAGGAGGACCUCGGUAAGCAGUUAGGCUCCAGUCCCAGAGACGAGGAUUGGGAUACUGAGCCCGACCUAGAGCCCUACAUUACUGGCCUGGAGAAUGGAGAAAUGUUUUUCUCCAUGGGUCCCACUGGAAUGAUCAGUAGCAUGACAUCUGUGCGCUCUGGCAGCGAGUUGUCAGACAGUGAUAUGGAGUCCUCCACACACAGUUUGGCUAGCUUCACACAGCCUGCACCAUUGUCUGCACAGGGCAUGAUGAACUGUCCCAGGAGGUAUCCUGCAGGCAGUUUGUCGAGUCUACCACAGGCAAGGGGCCGGACCAGAGGACGCUCGCACAGCGGCCAGGCAGAGCAGCUGAAGCCCGAUGCUUUGUUGCGUCUGACUCUCGGUGGGCUCACCCUAACCCUGCUGCAGGAGGACCCACCCUCUAAGCCAGACGGAGCCUCGUCAUUGGCUCAGGUGUCUCAGAUGUUCUUCCAGGAGCUGGCCUUCUUCAAAGACAGCAUGUUUAGUGAGAGGGACUUCCACCAUCUGAGAGGCGGCUUUGCCAAGGCCUGCCCACACUCCCAUCUCAGAGUGACAGGAGCAGCAGUGCAGGUUGCUUGUGAGAUGCGGAGCGGGACACGCCACAGUCGGGCCAUGACCUCGGACCUUUCCUUCAGCAGAUUGGAGCUGUUAGAGUGCCUCUGGGAGGACGGAAAGCCUCAGUACAGCGAGUUGCUUCAGUUCCAGAAAGCUGGUCUGUUCACAGUUGGAGCUGCAGCCAGACCGUGUGCCCAACUACACUACGGCCUCACUGAAAAACACCUGCGUAGAGGUAAACAGCGGGUGGUGCGGCGGGACAGUGUAGUGUGGGUGGAGCUGGCAGAGCUGAGCGCCGAGCUGGACCUGGACAUCAUCAGUCGCCUGGGGAACCUGAGCAAGGCCUUCAGCCACUGUCCCACACAGACUGCCGGACCUGGACUCAUGCAGACCCAGAGCAGCGAGCUGUGCUCCUCCUUCACCCUUCUCUCCCCCCACGCCAUCCUCAGGCUUCGUUUCCCCAUACCCGACCUGCGGCCUCUCCCUAAGCGUCGACCUCCGACCCAGAGGGCAGUGCGGCAGGAGACCCUGGUGCUGGAGCUGACGGAGCUAGAGCUGAAGCACCAGGAGGCCCCGGACCUCCAGGCCGAGCAGACUGCCCCGGGACAGCCGUGGGCUCCCUGCCUCACCCAGCUGCUGGAGGCCUCCUUCUCCGACCUGCACGGGUCAUACGAGGGCUGGGAGGGCGGCUCUUUCCCCUGUAUCAGAGUGAAGAAGAACCGUGACUCUCCGCCGAGGAUAUCAGUACGUGUGCGUGGAGGUGAGACUCAGGGCCCGGCAGCAGGUCUGGGUGGGAUGAACCUCAUCAGGGACCUGGGGGCUGCCUUCUUUGAAAGUCACUGUGAACUCAACGACAAAACCAGCUCCCCAUUUUCCUCCAACCGCACCAUGUUUGAGACUGAGGAGAUGGUGAUUCCAGCCGACCCCGAGGAGAUGCGUCAGUUUCAGGCGCAGUGUGUCGCUCAGUGUCAGUGUGCGGUGGACAUCAACCUGCCGCUGGCCUACAUCCUCCUGCCCAGCAAACAGGCCUUCCAGAGCUUCUACAACAGGAUCAAUAAUGAUCUGUUGAUGUGGGAGCCUCCUCCCCCCUCAGCCCACAGCCCCGACCACAGCCGUCAUCACCACGAUGAGUUCCAGCUCUGCAAGUCGGCCUUUAGACUGGACUCUGAUUCAGAAGAGGACGACCCUCAGUUCUACUUGGCCAGUGAUUCAUCUGGAAAGACACAACAGUCAGCUCCCCGGCCCAACCACAACCUCAGCCUCCUCUCCCUCACUGUGAUUAUCGGCAAAGGUCGUCUCCAAGCCAGAACAGACAAGAAGGAGGACCAGAGUCAUGGGGAAAUUGUGCUUGACCUGGAAGGGGGGAAGAUAUUCAGUGUGGCACAGCACCAGAACGACCCCAAUCUCAAUUUCCUGUGUCUAGAGAGCAGACGAGUGGAACUCUACCAUCGAGCGGUGGUGAAAGACACCCCUAUCCCACAGCGGUUGGAGAUGCCCAACUUCACUCCCCCAAAACACUUGGACCCUACCAUUUACCCCACAGAGGUGGGUGUGAGCAGUGUUGGUGGCAAAGAGGGGGAGUUACAGAUGUUGUCCACAGCCAUCAAAAUCACACUGGACCCACAGAGGAGUGUUAAGGAGUUCCUAGUUGCCCUUCGACUUCAAGGUGCCACCAUGCGACAUUACGUGACGCAGACUAAUCACAGCUGGCAUGAGCAGCUGGUUGACUUCCUGGAUGUCAUUGAUGAUCCCAUUCUGGGAUACACAGCACCUGCCGUCAUCACUGUCCUCCACACACACCUCGCUACCUGUGCCGUCGACUACAGACCUCUGUAUCUGCCACUGCGCAUGUUGUUCACAGCAGAGUCCUUCUCUCUGUCCAGUAAUAUCAUUGUUGACACUGCCACCUUCCACCUCAGAUUCAUCCUGGAUGACUCUGCUCUCUACCUCUCUGACAAAUGUGAGAGCGACACAGUGGACUUGAGGAGAGACUAUGUUUGUGUUCUGGACAUUGACCUGCUGGAGCUCGCCAUCACCACCUGGAAAGGCAGCGAUACGGGCAAGCUGUCUCAGCCUCUCUUUGAGCUCCGUUGCUCCAACAAUGUGGUUCACCUUCAUACCUGUGCUGAUUCCUGCGCUGCCCUGGUCAAUCUGCUGCAGUACCUGGUCUCCCAGGGUGACCUGCACCCUCCACCACGACACACCUCACCCACCGAAAUCGCUGGUCAGAAAUUACCACUGUCAGAAAGUCCUGCGUCAGUGCUUCCCUGCCCUCCAGCUGAAACCGCUGAGAUCAACCAGUAUGACCUGGCUGAUGCCUUAAUUGACACAGAGAAGAGCCACCAAGAAGAGAGUUUAGAUCCAGGUUCACCCUCCAUGCCGAGGGGCUCGCCUGUCUCCGUAUACCUGUUUCCAGGUGAAGCUCAGAAGCGCAGCCCCUCCGUCCUGCAGGGUGAGGACUCUGAGCUUGAUGGACUGGUUGCCACAGCAAUGGAGGCACAGGCAGAUAUGAUGUCAGAGGAAGGCUCCGAGGGCUCCAGCGAAAAUGACGACUUUUGCAUCUUGGAGGCUCCCGGGAUGGGCAUUUCUCCCAGGGACGGGGAGCCUGUGGUGACAGUGUUGUCUCAGGGCCCCAUCAGGGUGAAGGAGAGUCACUUCUCCAGGCCACGAGGCAGCUCAGACCUGCUCAGAGCCCCCAGCCGUUUCCCGGUGCCCCAGAGCAGGGUGGUGCUGCGGGAGAUCUCUGUGGUCUGGCAUCUCUACGGGGGCAAGGACUUUGGCAGUAAGCCCAUGUCCAUACAUGCCCAGCACACAAACAGAGGUCGUUCCGUCCCCACUGGUGUUCGUGGGUCCCCGUCUCGCACUGUCGCUCCCUCUCGUCCCCAGAACUCCUGGCGCUGGGCCGGAGGCAGCGGUCGUCAGCACGCACUGCUGAUGGAGAUCCAGCUCACCAAGGUGUCCUUCCAGCAUGAGUCCUACUCGGUGGCAGCAGCUGGGCAGGAUGGGGAAGGGUCAGUGGCGGUCGGGGUUGGUCCCGGUGGCGAGCAGCCACUCUCCAGGCAGGUGUUCAUUGUCCAGGAGCUGGAGGUUCGAGACCGACUGGCCUCCUCACAAAUCAACAAAUUCCUCUACCUCUACACCAGCGAGAGCAUGCCUCGCCGAGCCCACUCCAACAUGGUGAGACAGCAGACAGGGAGGACAGACAGACAGACAGAGGGAGUUUUUAAUUUAUAAACUACUGAACUUACA